GAGAGAGAGAGAGAGAGAUACUCAUACAUACACACAUACAUUCUCAUACCAUCCACACCUUAACUGAUAGAGGUCAGACAACAUCAUCAGAGAAGUGUGUGUGUGUGUAUAUGGGCCUCUUACCAUCGUUGUGACUACAGGAGUGUGAGAUAGGAUAGUCAUGCAGGGAAGGAAGUCCCUAAUUGUUGCACUAGCUGUGGCAAUGACAGCUAUGGUGUCGCCGGUAACUGGUGAGAACAACUGUGAAUACAGGACAUGCUCGGAGUGUAUUGCUGCCCCAACCUGCGCUUGGUGUUCCCAUCCGAACAUCACCUCAGUGGAGUUAGACUCAGGAGGAACACUAACCCACUGCAUCAGUAGUAAUUCCUUCAAGUUUGAAAAAUUCAUAGAGUCUUGCAAGGGUUACAUCACUGACCCAGUCAGUGCAAACAGUACUAAAAAGGAUGAAGAACUCUCUGAUAAUCCUAUAGUGCAACUCAAGCCACAGCACAUCAGCCUGGAGAUGAGAGCAGGAGACUCUGCCAGAAUCACCGUCAAAUACAAACACCUGUCCAGUUACCAACUGGACCUGUACUGCCUGAUGGACGGCUCCAAGUCCAUGUCGUCCUCCAAGGCUGAGCUUGCUAAUGUUACAUAUGAGCUGGUGGAGAACCUUGAGAAGCUUUCCAAUAAUAUGCAACUUGGUUUUGGCAUGUUUGUGGACAAGCCAAUAUUGCCAUACACAGACAUGUUUGUGUGGAGUCAAGACAACUGCAAAGGGUGUGUGGAGAGUUUCAGCUUCAAAAACAUCCUUCCAAUGACUGAUGAACGAGAGAAGUUUGAGGACAAGGUCAAAAACACUGGUUCCUCCACCAACGUUGACCGGCCUGAAGGCAUGCUGGAUGCCCUCAUGCAGGUGGUGUCAUGUGAAAAUGAGGUGGAGUGGCGAACAGAAGCACUGAAAGUGGUGGUGGUGUUCACUGAUGCUGGAUUCCAUGUUGCUGGGGAUGGCAAGCUUGCAGGUAUUGCCUUGCCAAAUGACAAACAGUGUCACCUGGAUAGUACAGGGGAGUACACCCACUCCAAGCUGCAGGACUAUCCUUCCAUUAGCGAGCUCCAACAUGCACUGGAAACCAACAAGGUAUACACCACUUUUGCUGUCAAACAAAGUCUGAUACCAGUGUACAGUUUACUGGCCAGCCGCCUGCCUCGCUCUGACUGCGGUGUUAAAAACAACGCUAGUGAUAUUAUCAACCUCAUCACAAAUUUUGCCAAAGGGAUCAUUUCAACUGUUGAAUUGAACAAACCAAAAGACAUAAUGCAAGAAGUAGCUUUGAAUGUGACUUCUCGUUGCAAAGGGAAUGAAGAGAAGGCCUCAAGCACCUGCAAAGAUAUGAGUCCUGGUGAUGAAGCCGAGUUCUUUAUCAACAUCAAGGUGAAGAGUUGUCCCCAAAAGGAGCACCACAGCACCACCUUAAACUUCACUCUUGAUGGCUACUCCCAGUUCUUCCUGUUAGACUUAAAACUACUAUGCCAGUGUGAGUGUGAGAAGCAGAGUGACCAGGGAUUUAUCUCCAAUGCAGAUGACUGCAACAAUGAAGGAGACUUGACAUGUGGAGUGUGUUCCUGCCAUGAAGGUUUCUUAGGAGAUAAGUGUCAGUGUAAGGAGGGGGAUUUGAGUAAUCAAGAAAUUAGUGAGAAAAAUUGUAUCCAACCCAAUACAUCUACUAGUCUGGUGUGCAGUGGCCAGGGCGAGUGUGUCUGUGGCACCUGCAAGUGUAAUGAGAGGCUCACUCCAAAUGAGAUCAUCACAGGCCAGUAUUGUCAAUGUACUAAUUACAAGAACUGCUACGGUGCAAAUGGAGACAUUUGCUCUGGUAACGGGGAGUGCAACUGUGAUAAGUGUUUGUGCAAUGAAGGCUGGGAAGGAGAGCGUUGUGACUGUCAGAAGAGUACAACAGAAUGUCAGGUGUCAGAUGAAAAAGAAGUCUGCUCAAGUCAUGGCAUGUGUGUCUGCAACCAGUGUCAGUGUGAAGAGGGCUACUUAGGGAAGUAUUGUGAGGACUGUCAGAACUGUGAAGGCAAAUGUGAUGAGCACAAGUCCUGUGUCGAGUGUUUAGUGUUUGAUUUAAAGGCUGCAUGCACUGAUAAGUGCUCCACCUAUGAUGUCACCAUUGUCUCCAAUAUGUCAAAGGAGUAUGGUCAGCUGUGUUCCAGCACUGAUGAUGAAGAAUGUAGCUUCCUGUACCAGUUUAAGCAUGAAAAGGAUACAGUGUUACUUUGGGCUCAGAAGCAAAAGGAAUGUCCAGUAGAGAUCAAUCCUUGGGCUGUGGUGGGUGGGAUACUGGGUGCUGUGGUGCUUGUGGGCCUGCUGCUGCUCAUAGCCUGGAAGGUUGUCACUCAUUUCAAAGACAAGCGAGAGUAUGAAAACUUCAUGAAAAACAAGAGCAUGGCAAUCUGGAGUGAGAAUGUGAGUCCAUUAUACAAGCCAGCCACUACUAUGGUUAAAAACCCUCUGUUUGAGUCAACUUCCACUGGUCAAAAUUAAAGAUCUGCUCAAACCUCUGCAAGUGGAUAAACAAACAUAUACAGUAUUCCCUUUUAAUUUAUCAUUGACAACUUGAAGUGUUUCUUGUGUUCACGCUGCUGCUAGUCAUAUUUCCAUUCUUGGUGCUAGAAAGGAGGUACAACACACAUCACACUAUUUAUGUCAGCAUGGCAGAAAACAAUGCAGAGCAAAUAAUUUAUAACAAAGUACACUUUUUUCAUUACUACUUAAACUCUUAGAACUAAAAACUGAGUGUGCAUGCAUGUGUGUGUGUGGCUGCACAGGGCUACCUGAGCUAAUCUAUAAUUCUGUGGUCUCAUCUGAACCUGUCUAUCCAGUUUCUUGGUUGGUAUUCAGUCUUUGGUAGUCCUGCAUGUGUGUGUAUGUACAUCUAUUCAGUUCCCUAAGGUUUUGAGGAUCAUGUGCUUGGCUCUUGAUCACCAUGUGGCUUUAUCUAUGGAUAUGAUUGAACCUUUUCACAUGCCACACAUGUGCCUCACCCUCUUCCUCAAGGACAGUAACUGCUUGCUUAUUUGUGGAAACCUUUACGACCUGGGCAGGAUUUUCCUGGUUACUAUGGGCACUCCCAAGUUCCUACCACAUUGUUGAUUCUUGUACCGCUCUGCCAUGCUAUCAACUACAGAGCAAAUAUGUAAACAAUAUUUGUUUGCAGUCUGUGCUUUUCUGUUUUGAUUUUUUUAUGAUGUAAUUUGUGGAUUGUUUAUUCAGUUACAAUACAAGUACUGGUUGAUUGUUCUUAGUAUGUAUGUGGUGUGUUUAUAGUUUGAAAAUUGAUUAUUGUUUAAACCUGAAAUGAAAAAAAAAUAAAAAGUUGAAAACAGGAA